AUGUCCUCCGACCUGGCCGCCACCCUCAUCGGGAUCCUGCACAUGAGAUCAUCCUUUGCAGGCUGGAAGUGCCAAGUGCAGGAUAAUUCAGUGAAUGAUGUGGACUAUUUCAGCUUCUUGUUUUCAACCCUUAUAGGGUUUUCAAGAGAGGAGUUGAGUAGUCUCCAGGGCAUUAGAGGAAAACCACACAUUAGCCAGACACAGCUUUCACCUAUCCGUCUUUACCUAACUGAUCUGGACCAGUUUUUACACCACUGGGCUGUGACAGAGAUGAUCUGUCACAGUUUGUCCACUAUACCUUGUCAAAGUCAGUGUUUUGACAUUCUCCAGACUGGUAUCUGUAAAUAUCUGGUUGGAUUGGUUGUAAUACCUGAUAGCACAGCUGGAUCUGUUCUAUGUGCCAUAAAUAAGCUCUUGGAUCAAGCUUGCAUCCUAAGUGAAAACCUGCACAAGUUCUUAGCCUCUUGUUGUUACAGUCUUCUGUACUUUCUGCUAACUUUAGACAAAGAGGAUGCAGAACAUGUACAGAAAAGGGAUAUGCUGUGGGGAUCAUGUAUUUCUGCAUUAGCACUCCUGCCACGAUUACUGAGGCUGAUGCUGCAAAGUCUGCAAGUGAGCAGGAUCUGUCGGGAAGAACUGCCUGUCGUUGCUCAGUUGCUUCGCUUACUAAUGCAACAUGGUCAGCUCAGGAGCCAUAUGAUCACAAAUGAAUUUCUGGUGCAACAGAUUAUCAAGGACAUCAUG